UGUUUUAUUAGUUUAUUAAUUUAUUGACUCAACACAGCCUUUCACCCACACCCACUGCAUCGCUCCCACUUAACUCCUCCCACUUCUUCUUACAGUCAGAAAUUCUAGCUUUCACAGCAGUUUUUAUUUUAACGCUAAAAGAUCAUAGUGUAAACAUCUGGAAUUUAUUGGAGGGUGAGAAUGGUUGUGUUUCUCGGCUGGACUCUGCUCUCUGUGUGCCUGCUGGUUUCUGCCUCGCAAGCCCAGAACAUCACAGCUGAGUCUGGACAGAACGUCACGCUGACAUGUCGAGCUCCAAACAACAUCCAGACUAUGGAGUGGAGCAGAGCUGACCUGGGGAGAGAAUAUGUUUUUUUGUAUCGGGAUGGGAGGGAAACUACAGUGAACCAGCAUCGCUCUUUUAAAGGCCGGGUGGCUCUACAGGACAAACAGAUGAAGGAUGGAAACAUGUCAGUGAUUCUGAAGAAUGUGAUGAUUAGUGACCGUGGAACAUACGAGUGUCGUGUGAAGGCAAACAAAAAAAAACGCAGGAAGAGAGCUAAUCUGAAGACCGACCCCAUCUGUAGCAUCUACCUGAGUGUUGUUGAUCCUCCAGGUCCAACAGGAGGACCAGAGAAGGAUGGACAUGUUGGACUGAAAGUUGGUCUGUUAGUUUCUGGCGUCCUCAUUGUUGCUGCUUUUGCUGGGUUUGUGAUCUACAGAAAGCAUAAAGGAGAAAAGAGUCAGGGUUCACACUAACCUCCUGAUGAUCUGCAGCACAUUUAAGUAUCUCAGACCUCUGAACAGCUAAACUUUGAGUCUCCUGCUGCUGUCUCAACUUCCAAGUGAUAUCAGUGAACAGGAGGACAGACAUCAGGGACCUCACAAAGAAAUUAAUUGUGAAGUGUCACCAUAAAAUGUUAUUCUGUCUUAUCUCUGUGUAUGGAGAUGAUGGAAAGUCUUUGUGAGGAAUGCAGAGUAAAGAAAAUCUAAGAGAAAACAGAGAAUUCUGCUGAUUCAACAGUUAUUGUCUAAUUUUGCUGCAUCCAGCUUACACAGUAAAAUUAGACUUGCCGUUGUUCAUAAGUUCCAAUUUUAACAAAAACAUGGUGCUUCUGUUUAUUACUAAUGUUAUGGCUGCAGAUUAGUGUCUCAAACUUUAACUUAGCACUUUAUCAGGCUUUAACACAGCCUGAUAAAGGAUACGUGGAAAUUGCUUUAGUCUGUCAGUAGAUCAAGUGUGAAGUGAAAUUAAUUUGACUGAUUCAACGGUCAUUCUUGGAGGUUGUUCAGCAGCUUAAAUGUGACCUAAAAGGAGACCAGAAUAAAUUGUAAAAACAUUUAUACAUACAUGCACAUAUACAUGCACACUCCUGUGAUAAUGUGAUGCUCAGUUUUCACUGCUGUAACCUUCGAGCUGGGCUCGAUUUAUGCUUGCACAUGUGAAAUGUAUUCCCACAUGAAUCUAUGUUGGCCUUCAGCAAAUGUUACCAUGUUGAGUAAGGUAAAAUCAGAGCUGCUUUCCUGAUACUUUAAACUGUGACUGUAAGCUUGACACAACUUGCUAAGUCAUUAAUCCCACUUUUGAACUUUAUUCAUUGCCAUUGUACAGUUGCCUGCACAGAGGAAUUAGCUAGCAAGACCACAAAGGUGCAAAACCCCCAAUGUCCAAACAUAAUAUAAUAAAUAAGGGAUGAUAAUGGUAAAACAAGAGAUUGAGGAAGUUUCAGUGGAAACAAAUCCAGGAAGUUUGAAACAGGUGUUGGGAUGAAAUUCAUGUAAUCACAUAUUUGCCAUGUGUGGUUUGGCACUGCCAGGAGCUCUGUCAUCUAAAAACACUGCAUUUACUUUUACACAAGUAUGAAUAAACUCAUGAGGAACAAAAUACUGUCACAAGUGCAACCUGAUUAAGAACUGAUGAACAACUGCUGCAGUGUAAUCCUGUAACCUGUCUGUCAUUGUUUCUAUUAACAUGUGAGAAUGAUCAGUGAAAAUGCUUGUUUGCAACUUACAUGUGAAAAUCAUCAUCACAGCGUUUCUGGUUUUCAGCUUUUUUUUUUCUUAAGAGGAUCUUUGUGUAUUUAUCUUUUGUUUAUAUUUUGUGUAUUUUUUUGAAUGUCAAGCAGUCGUUUCAUCGUAACACUUCUAUUUAUCUCUGCUAUAAAAAUUUGAUCAGGCUUCAUGUCCGUUUUCACACAGAAUAAAGUCCGGAAGUAUU